UACCUACACCGUACACACUAUCACACACUUGACCCUUUCUCUUUCCACACACACAUUUCAUUCUCUCUCUCUCUCUCACACUACAAAAUCCCAACAAACCUGCCGGUCUGCUGCUCUAAUUCAGCUUUCAUGUCUUCCUUUUGCUCUUUCUAGAUUCUGCUUCAUCAAACUAUUCUAUUCCGGCAAACAAUGGACAGGAAACAAGGGUUUUUCUCCGCUUUAAAAGACGAAGUGAUACGCGGGUUAUCUCCGGCGAGGUCCCGCAGGAGGCCCAAGUUGUUGACUAACGGGAGUUUGACUGGAGAGACUCUGGCGCCAUUGUAUGAAGGCCCGGAUCAAGAUGGGUCGGAGCUUGGGGAGUCCAAACGGGUCGGGUCGGGUAUUGGGCUGUGGAUGAAGGGGCAGCUUUCUAGGGCUCCCUCUGUUGGUGCUAAGUAUAGGUCUGAUUUGAGGUUGUUGCUUGGUGUUAUGGGCGCACCGCUUGCUCCGGUGCAUGUUAGCAGCGUUGAUCCGUUUCCUCAUCUUUGCAUUAAGGAUACUCCAAUUGAAACAUCGUCUGCUCAAUACAUAUUGCAGCAGUACACAGCUGCAUCUGGAGGGCAAAAGCUACAAAACUCCAUUAAAAACGCAUACGCCAUGGGGAAAGUGAAGAUGGUAGCUUCCGAGUUCGAAACCGCUUCAAGAGUGGUGAAACACAAGCACGUUGUUGGAGCCGCAGACACGGGUGGGUUUGUUCUGUGGCAGAUGAACCCGGAUAUGUGGUAUGUUGAGCUAGCUGUCGGUGGUAGCAAGGUUCAAGCCGGCUGCAAUGGAAAUCUUGUUUGGAGACACACCCCUUGGCUCGGUUCACACACUGCUAAAGGCCCGGUUCGACCCCUGCGUCGUGCGCUUCAGGGUCUCGAUCCUAGAACCACAGCGAGUAUGUUUACGGAUGCUAAGUGUGUCGGUGAGAAGAAGAUUAAUGGUGAAGAUUGCUUUAUUCUUAAACUAACCGCUAAUCCGCAGACGUUAAAGGCGAGAAGUGAAGGUCCAGCUGAGAUCAUAAGACAUGUUCUGUUUGGCUACUUUAGCCAGAAAACCGGACUCAUAGUUCACAUGGAAGAUUCGCAUUUAACCCGCAUUCAAGCCACUGGUACUGACGCGGUCUACUGGGAGACCACAAUUAAUUCUAGUAUGGAUGAUUAUAGGUCUGUUGAAGGUGUAAUGAUUGCGCAUUCAGGUCACUCUGUGGUCACCCUUUUUAGAUUUGGUGAGAUGGCAAUGAGCCACACCAAGACAAGAAUGGAAGAAGCAUGGACCAUUGAAGAGGUUGCAUUCAAUGUCCCAGGCUUGUCAAUUGACUGUUUUAUCCCUCCAGCCGACUUAAAGUCUGCGUCUUUUAGCGAAACCUCUGAUUUUCCCGGGGGCGAAAGAGGGAAAUCGGGUCUUGUGGUCGCUGGUCAUCGAGCAAAGGUUGCAGCCUUGGGUUAAGUUCAGUUGUUUAUAUAACGUCAUCAGUGGUAGCAUACUAGUAUUUGAUUGAUUAACACCUUGGAAGUUACGUCGUAGACGUUAGGUUAUUUCAGUAAUUUCACUUGGGGUUUCGCCGAGCAUGAUCACUUAACAGUUCUGGCCAAAGGGGGUCGGAAGCUUGGUUUUUUCUCCCUAUUAGAUUAAAUGGAGGUUUAGUUUUAGUUCACCUUCCAUAGUUUUUUAAGAGUAUUGAAGGUAUACACCAUGGCAUUUUAAAGAAUUGGUGCCAUGUUUGUUUCUAGUAUUGUUUUACUUUGGUUGUUUGUUUAGGUUGCAGCUGGUGUUGUUGGUGUUAAAGAUUAAAGAUGGUUUUUUUAAAUCUUUUGUUUUAUGUUUUA